GAUCGGAUCAACUUUCAGAGGGAGAAGGAGAGAGACUGCGUACCGUUGCUGUUGGUGAUUUGCGAAGGGAAUGCAAGAUAAAAAUCCCGUGAAUUUCUAGGUCAGAAGCCAAAUUCAUCAAUCAGGCUUUGGAAAUCUACUUGCUACCAUACGCAAGGUCGUCAAUCACAAGUUUUCCAGUUAGUUAAUCAAGGGCUGUAGACAUUGUAGAAAUCGCUGUUCCAAACGAGAUUUUGCCCGUGUGUGGAGUAAUUUCGUAAAGGUUGGCCUUCUUUGUGUGAGCCGGUGUCUAGUUUAGAUCAAUUAAGGGAAUAAAUCAUGUUCAAGCAAUCACCACGCAGAAAUGGUCGAAACAAGGGAUUGAAGAUAAAGCACGUGUUGCAGAUCUGUGUUUUGCUUGGUGUGAGUGUAUGGUUGCUUUACCAACUGCAGCACUCCGGUAAUAAGAAAGCGGUCUCUGCUACACACAUCUCCGAGAGGUUAGAACAUGAUGGCGAUAAUGACGUGAUCAAGUUAGGGAGAAAAGGGCUUCAACCGAAAGUGGAGGAAGCAAAUGGUGACCAUCAUGAAGAUGAAGAUGAAAACAAUUCUGAAGAGCUUGUCCAUGACCAUGACAAUGACAGCAGUGAGGAGGAUGAAGGCAACCAACAGGAGAAAACCGAAGAGGAGAAUGGUGCAAGAAACACCGAAGAGGCUGCAGAGACUGAAAAUAAAGACGAUGUAGAAGAGAGCAGGGAAAAGGAGGAUGGGAUCGAAAAGAUGAAUGAAACUGAAAAUGGAAGCGAAGAGACUCAAGAACUGGAGAAGAAAGAAGGAAGUGAGAAUGAAGAAAAUGAAACCAAGGGAUUGGAGAAGAAUGAUGAACAAGACAAUGGGGAGAGCAGAAGUGAAGAAAACGUUAGGGAAGAUGGCAAACAGGAUGGAAGUGAAGAGACAAAAUCAGAGAACGAAGAAAAGCACGAUGAACAAGAGAAUGUUGAGGAAGCGGAGAAGAAUGACGAAAACCCAAACAUCAAGAAUUUGGGUUCAUCAGCAGAUCAAAAUGAAAAAAGAAGCGAUGGAAAUGACCAGAGUGUGAGAGAGGAGAAUAGAAAAGGAGAUGAUGCCUCCAGUGAAGUGGUUGAUGAAUCUCAAAAGACAAUAGAAACAGAAUCAAAGGAGCAAACUGUAUUUACAGACUCUACAAACAUAAGUUCAGAUCCAAAUUCAGCACAAAACGAGUCCUCUGAGCAUAGUGAAGGGACCAACUCUACCAACAAUGGAUCAAGUUCAGAUUCAAAUUCAGCAGAGACCAACUCAUCGCAGAUGGAAUCCAAGGAGCAAACUGGAGAUACCAGUUCUACCAACAAUGAAGCAAGUUCAGACUCAGCACAGAACGAGUCAACCCAGAUAGAGUCCAAAGAACAGACUGAAAGCACCAACAAUGAAGCAAGUUCAGACUCAGCACAGAACGAGUCAACCCAGACAGAGUCCAAAGAACAAACUGAAAGCACCAACAAUGAAGCAAAUUCAAAUUCGAGUCCAGCAGAAAACGAGUCAAUACAAAGAGAGUCUAACGAGCAAAGUGAAAGCACAGACUCUACCAGCACUGGUUCGAGUUCAGAUUCAAACUCGGCACAAAACGAGUCGACCCAGACAGAGACCAAGGAGCAAACAGAGAGUCCUGACUCUACCAACGAUGGAGCAAGUUCAAAUUCAGAUUCAGCACAAAACGAAUCGAAACAGACGGAGUCCAAUGAGCAAACCAUGAGUACAGACUCUAACACGAAUGGAGAAAGUUCAGAUUCGAACUCAGUGCAAAACGAGCCAACCCAGACAGAGUCCAAGGAGCAAACUCAAAGUACAGACUCUACCAACAAUGGAGAAAGUUCAGAUUCAAACUCAGCGCAAAACGAGCCAACCCAGGCGGAAUCAAAGGAGCAAACUCAAAGUACAGACUCUACCAACAACGGGGAAAGUUCGGAUUCGAACUCGGUCCAAAACGAGUCAACCCAGACUGAUUCGAAGGAGCAAACUCAAAGUACAGACUCUAACAACAAUGGAGAAAGUUCAGAUUCAAACUCGGUGCAAAACGGGUCAACCCAGACAGAGUCCAAGGAGCAAACUCAAAGCACAGAAUCUACCAACAAUGGAGAAAGUUCAGAUUCGAACUCAGCACAAAACGAGUCAACGCAGACAGAGUCCAAGGAGCAAACCCAAAGCACGGACUCUACUAGCAAUGGAGCUAAUUCAGAUUCAAACACCGCACAAAAUGAGUCGACCACCCAGACAGAGGACAAGGAGCAAACUCAAAAUACAGACUCUAACAACAAUGGAGCAAGUUCAGAAUCAAACCCGGGACAAAACGAGUCAACUCAGACAGAAUCGAAGGAGCAAAAUCAAAGUACAGAGUCUAACAACAAUGGAGCAACUUCAGAUCCGAACUUGGCGCAAAACGAGUCGACCCAGACGGAAUGGAAGGAGCAAACUCAAGGUGCAGACUCUAACAACAAUGGAGCAAGUUCAGAAUCAAAUCCAGCACAAAACGAGUCAACGCAGACGGAAUUGAAGGAGGAAACUCAAAGUGCAGACUCAAACAACAAUGGAGCAAGUUCGGAGUCGAAUUUGGCGCAAAACGAGUCAACCCAAACAGAGUCUAAGGAGCAAACUCAAAGCACAGAUUCUACCAACGAUGGAGCAAGUUCAGAUUCGAACUCAGGACAGAACGACUCAACACAGACAGACAUUGGAGGUGGAGGUGAAGGAAGCAGCCAUGAUGCAGAGUAGAGUGAUCUUCUACUUAUUAUAGAAUCUACUACUCAAGUUUCUAUUCCAGUUUUUUUUUUUUUUUCGGUUGUGGUAAAAUAGCAUGCAAGUGUAGUGAAAGUAUGUAUGUAUGCAUCUGGUCAUGUUUGUUGAUGGUUGGUUGCACAAGCACCUUAGGAGGAAUCAUUAUUUUAAAUUUUAAAUAAUGGUUUUGUUUCAAA